CCUCCAGGGCUCUGUCUCUUUGGCUCUCACUCCUGCCAUGUCGUGCCGCUCCCUGCAGAUGGGCUCCUGGUGUGGCAGUCGGAGUUUCAGCUCAUGCUCGGCUGUCAUGCCCCGGAUGGUCACCCACUACGAAGUGAGCAAGGGGCCAUGCCGGCCUAGCAGUGGCGGGGGUCUCCGAGCCUUGGGAUGCCUUGGUUCCAGGAGCCUGUGCAAUGUGGGCUUCAGCAGGCCUCGGGUCGCCUCUAGAUGUGGCCUGCCUGGCUUUGGGUAUCGAGCAGGUGCCACCUGUGGAUCUUCUGCUUGUAUCACCCCUGUCACCAUUAACGAGAGUCUUCUAGUCCCAUUGGCACUGGAGAUUGACCCAACAGUACAGAGGGUGAAAAGGGAUGAGAAGGAGCAGAUCAAGUGCCUCAAUAACCGCUUCGCAUCCUUCAUCAACAAGGUGCGGUUUCUGGAGCAGAAGAACAAGCUGCUGGAGACCAAGUGGAACUUCAUGCAGCAGCAGAGGUGCUGCCAGAGCAACAUGGAGCCCCUCUUUGAGGGCUACAUCUGCACCCUGCGGAGGGAACUGGACUGCGUGUUGGGGGAGCACGGGAGGCUGGAGGCAGAGCUCUGCAGUGUCCAGGAGGCCUUAGAGGGUUACAAAAAAAAGUAUGAAGAUGAGCUCUCCCUGCGUCCCUGUGCUGAGAAUGAAUUUGUCACCCUGAAGAAGGAUGUGGACACGGCCUUCUUGGUGAAAGCUGACCUGGAGACCAAUGUGGAGGCUCUCGAGCUGGAGAUGAACUUCCUGAAAAAUUUGUUUGAAGAGGAGAUCGCGCUGCUGCAGUCUCAGAUCUCCGAAACGUCGGUCAUCGUGCAGAUGGACAAUAGCCGGGAUCUGGAUGUGGAUGACAUCAUUGCUGAAAUCAAGACCCAAUAUGAAGAAAUCUCCAGACGCAGCAAAGCCGAACUGGAGGCCUGGUACCAGCGCCAGUACGAGGAGCUGAGGGUGACAGCCGGGAACCACAGCGACAACCUCCGCAACCGCAAGAAUGAGAUCCUGGAAAUGAACAAGCUGAUCCAGAGGCUGCAGCAAGACACUGAGACUGUGAAGGCCCAGCGCUGCCGACUAGAGGGGGCCAUCGCUGAGGCUGAGCAGAAGGGUGAGGCAGCCCUCAAUGAUGCCAAGUGCAAGCUGGCAGGGCUGGAGGAGGCCCUGCAGAAGGCCAAGCAGGACAUGGCCUGCCUGCUGAAGGAGUACCAGGAGGUGAUGAACUCCAAGCUGGGCCUGGACAUCGAGAUCGCCACCUACAGGCGCCUGCUGGAAGGCGAGGAGCACAGGUUGUGUGAAGGCAUUGGGCCCGUGAACAUCUCUGUGAGCAGCUCCAAAGGCGCCAUCCUGUACGAGCCAUGUGUGGUCAGCACGCCUGUGCUGAGACCUGAGUACUGCACUGGGAGCACCAGCGUCCUCAGGAACAGUGGGGGCUGCAGCAUGGUGUCCACUGGUGAACUCUACAUCCCCUGCGAGCCCCAGGGGCUUGUGGGCUGUGGGAGCAGGAGGAUCUCCAGCAUGAAGCUGGGGGCCGGGGGCAGCUCCUGCAGUCACUAGAGUUAGCACUGACCCAAAGGCUGGAAAUCCAAGGGACAAUCCCUGAAUGUCACUAUUUUAAAGCCCCACCUUCCCAUAUUGACUCUAGAUUCCCCUGGGGUUUCCGCUGGGAACUGAGCUGCUCCUCAGGUCCAUCCUUAUCUUCAAAAGCCAUCUUUCAUGUAGCCAGGUGCAGAACCCAAUGGAGGGCCCUGGGAUGGGGUGAGAUGCAGAGAAAGAGGAUGCAUUGCUCCUGGCGAACGUCAGCCCUAGUAUGACCAAAAGAAUGGCAGUAUUCCCAACCACUGCUGUCCUGCAUGAGAAGGCUAAGUGGACACCUCACAGUUCUGCUUUGUGGGAGGUCCAUGGCAGUUUCCCCACAAAGCCAGCCAUUCCUCCCCACCCCACCACGGCUCCCCACCUCGCUUCCCUCUGGUUCUCACGCACCUUAGAAAAAUGAACUUCUUUUAGCACCCAUUGGAAACAUGCACUAUUGCAAACACUAAAAUCCCCCAAAUACCAUCCUGAUUUCCAAAAACAAGUGCCACAGUUUCAGGAUCACUCAGGAUCUGACACUGUCCUUCCAGCACAAAACUCAAGAGGUGUUCUUUGGACAAUAGAUUUACUUGCUCGGGUAUACUGAAACUAAACUAUGAAAAUAAGUCUUGUUCCCUGAGCUCACAUUGGCAGAUGAUGGCAGGAAGUAUUUAGAACAAAGGCCAAAGUGCCAUGGAAUUGUUACUGGACAGAUGGAGAAUCAAGAACUUACGUUAUUCGUUCAGUGGAAUCAAGUCUCACCCCCACUGUACACCGUCACCCCCACCCAAUUCCUGCUCCUUCCCCUUCAGUUCUUCUUGCUUUGGGACUUUGGGUCUGACAGGAAUGCAGAUUUCCCUGCUAUAGGUCUGUAUGGUGGCCUUAGCAAUUAGAAGCUCUAGUUUAGUUCUGGGGAAGGGAGAGGGGAUGCUGGGCUGAUCCCACCCUCCAGGAUACCCUCCUACGAGUCCCACCCAUCUAGGAUUCAAUUUCUCUGCCAGGAGCCUCUGGGCUCUCUGUUACCAAUAAACUGACUCUGUUUACACUGUGGAAA